AUGGCCAGCGAAGGCGACGAUACAGUCCAGAUGGCGACCCUCGCCGAGGCUUCCACGGCCAACAAAACCUCGGUUGCCGCAACCUCAAGGACUAUCACUCCGAGCCCAGCCAUUUCGAAGGACGAAGGGCCGUUGAUUGGAUCGUGGCUAUGCACCGAUGGCCCAUAUCGCGAGUAUAUUGAAGCGCUGAGCGGCUCCAAUCCUGGCCUGAAGAAAGCUGAUCCAAACAAUGAGGAUGGGCCACUGAUGAAAGGUAAAGCGCUUGUCGCACUCCUGGAUGCACCCAACACUGGAGUCCCUGGUUUUCAGACGACGGAAUUCAAGAGCCAGAAAGACCUUUGCAGGCACUUUCAGACCACAUCACAUGAUCACAACCGCCGACGGAUCUACAUCAUGGAAGGACUGGCUCCCGAUUACAUCGCAGCCGUCGGCGGCCACUUCUUCAUGGAUCCUACGUUUUUCCAGCGGCAGGAGAGGACGUGCGUCUGGAGCAACGAGUUUACACCAGUGAGCGAUGCAUUGCCUCAACCUAGUUUACUAGACCCAAAGCAGGCUUUCCAUCUCCAAUACUGCGAAUUGAGACAAUUCAACAAGGCACUUGAAAACCGUUAUUUCUUCUGUGAGCGAAUGAGACGGCAUGUUGGCAUGACAGCGUCGCGCCAGAAAGAGGAGAGCACGGUAGGUAUAUUGCGACGCAAAGUGGGGUGGUGGUCUCGCGAGACGAAGAAUGGGGGCUGGGAUGUUGUAAUCCUGUGUGACCCUCAGCUAUUACAUCUCUCUCCUGCGCCCAAAGAGGUUGUUCCUGGCGACGGCACACUGCGUCCGAUCAGCAACGUCCGCGAAGAACUUCGAAACACACCUUUCCAGGACGGCUAUGUCGACUUCAUCCCACCUGUACCUCAUGAUAAGAUUGGGGACAAGGAGCAACACCAGCAUAAGUCAAUGCUGCGCGACAUGCUUCACUACUACCAACAGCACUCUGACUUGUUUUCACAAGAGGAGUGGGCUACGCCCGAGACAUCAGCAAUCUAUCUGAAGAAGAUCGUUGCUGCGCAUUAUCUUCAGCUUGUUGACUAUAUCAAAGCGAUGCUACCCUCGUUAGAACUUCGGCUUACUACGGCAUGGGUCGAAGAGCAAGGCCAAUGGAAGAGUCUGCAAACCAUCUCACGCCGGUGCGGCAAUUACCGCGACGAUAUCGAGGACGCAAUGCUCAGUCUUGGCUAUCCUCUAGAUGGUCAGGUGAAUAGCUCUGCCAGGUCGCAGGCGUCAACAUGGAAAGAUUGCGAAAAAGACUUCCAAUAUGUCUACUUCCGGCUCAAGAUUCUAAAAGAGCGUGCUGAUAAUCUCAUGCAAGCCAUGACCGGACUGGCAUCAAUUGCUGGCAAUCGUCAAAACCUGGAAGAGGCCAAACGAGUCAAACGACUCAACCUCCUUGCCCUACUCUUCAUUCCACUGGCAUACACAAGCAGUUUGUUCAGUAUGCAAGACAACUAUGCACCGAACCAAAGCGACUUCUGGGUCUACUGGGUCAGCGCCAUAGGAGUCGUCGCCUUUACUGCUGCCAUCACCUGGGUCUUGGAUAGCGCUCUGAAUGACGAAGCACAGUGGACAUGGAAGCCGAUCCGCUCUCUCAAGUUCUGGGACAAUGGACAACCCGGUCAACCUUUCUUAACCAUGCAUCUCUCUGUUUUCCUUCCAUUCUUGGCUCUAACAGCAGCCACUCCGCUACUGCCACACUCACACCAACCCAAAUCCAACAUCAAAUGCCCCAUCAUCUUCGACGGUCGCAUCGCUUCCAACCUGACUCUCCAAUCUUUUGACACAGCCCAAGGAUCCACCCCUUACAAUCCCGACUUCGUCAAAGGUGAGAACCGUACCUGGUCCUCCAUCCUUGUCUUCCCUUCACCCAAAACCGCCCCGCCAUGCCGCUUCGAUGAUCCGCGUCAACACAAGCCCCUCGAAGUCACCAUCGAUGACGGCUCGUUGUUUCGUGCGGGUGAAAACCUGCAGACUGGCUUCCGCCGUGCAGGUCUUUUGCUGAAAGACGACCAGAAUGACGCUGGUGCUGAUGCUUCAGACAAGGGUAUUGUGACUUUUCAUUGGAGCAUUAAACAAGAUGAACGGAGGCCGCUGAAUCUGAGUCACGAGUAUAUGAAUGUGUGGCAUGAGAAGGGUGAUUACUCGGGCAACCAGUUCAUGUUCGUUGGGGGUGUUGUGCUUGUUGGUGAUGGUGGGACGGGUGUGGACACGAAGAGAGAGAGGGAGACUUGGAAGAUUCAAAAUGCGAAGAACGAAUUCAUCUUUACGACGAAGAUUUCGAAGAGGGAAUGGCAAAAUUUUGGAGUACAGUUGGAUUAUGUGCGGAACACGAUCAAGGUUUAUUACUCCACAGGCGACAAGCCGUUGAAAGCGGUCACCAAGGCUUUAGCCAAUGACAAUGCUGGGGGAGGUCAGCUGCAGAUCGGUAUUGCAAAGAAACCUACAGAGACAGAGACGGUGGUAUUCGAUGGGUAUCAAGAGCACAUACCACUGCGCGGUGAAGGACAGAUUUAUGGAGGCAUUUUUGUAGAAGAUAGUUCGGCUGGGUGCGUGAGUAUGUGA